GCACGAUACUGGCGAUGAAGAAGAAGAAGAUGAAGCAUUCCGCGCGCAGCGAAAGACGACCAUCAAUAAAGGAGGCGAUGUCAAGGUCAUCAGCACCUGUUAGUGAUACAGUCGCUAGAGUAUGCACUUCAGUGGACAAAGGAACCAUAACGACGUUCUCCGACAUGGAACUGCUACGCAAAGUGCAGUUUCCAGUCGUCCCAUCUCGGAGUGGCACACCUCGUACCAUGACUGGAUUGUCAGCAGAACUACGACUUGCGGUUGAGUGGGACAACAUAUCGUGCACCGGACCACUUCAAAGAGGCCUACUGGACAGAGUCUCCUGCACAAGAACUGUACAGCCACAGUGCAACACCAUUUUGAAAGAUAUCUGUGGCUCGGCGUUUCCUGGAGAUUUCUUGGCGAUACUUGGUCCCCCGAACUGUGGAAAGUCUUCCCUUCUGAACGUUCUCAGCGGUUAUUGGAUAAAAGGCUUCAGUGGCGACGUGCUUGUCAAUAAUGAAAAGAUCAACGGAGACAAAAUAAGCAGGCACAGUAGUUACGUUCCACAAGCAGAUGUGCACUUGGGCUGCUUCUCCGUAAAAGAGACAUUGUGGCUCGCCGCCGAGUUGAAGUACCCUACAUCCACUGAGAGGAGAGACAAAUUUAACGCGGUUGUGAAUGCCAUGGAGACUUGGUGUCUGCAGGACGCUGGACGAACCUUGGUGCGGGAUAUCAGCAAGACUGAAUGUCGACUCCUAACCUGUGCUCAACAGUCGAUGUGUCCGCGGUCGAUUAUAUUUGUCGACGACCCCACGCGGUACCUGGACGAAUCGCAAGUUAGGGCUUGCAUGACAACGCUGAAUUAUUUCGCACUCCAAGGCCAUACUGUCGUCGCUGCAAUAUCAAAUCCCACGUCAAGCAUGAUGAAUUACUUCACGAAGAUCUGUGUCCUGUCCGAAGGACGAAGCAUUUACUACGGAGUCGCCAAAAACAUAGAUGUGGUUCUUCAUGCUCGGGGUUUCACACGCCCAUCUGACACGUGCAUCAUCGAUUUCUUGCUAGAAGUGGCUUGCGGGAUGCACGGUGAUCUGCAGGCGUUUGUAGAUACCGAAUCUAAAAAGAUCAAGGCUUUAUUAGAGGCAACAAAAGUGCACAGGGCACGUUACGUGACCCUAAGAGAGGAAACAACUACAGUGCCGAGCGAGGACACAACAGGAGAGGUGACGAGAAGACGACGACCAAGCAUGGCCAACAUAUUCCGUGAUCGUGCGGAGGUCGACGCGAGGGAUUAUCUGUCGGUGUUGUUCAACAGAUUCAUCUUUCUUACCUUCAGAAGCCCGGUUCAUAUGACAUACCGUCAGUGUUUGAACAUUGGAACGACGAUUGUGUUCGCAAAUGUCUGGAACUCUCCGAAGUGUGGCGUCGCCUGUGUUGAUAUGAACGUCAGCUUUCUCUUCCUCUACGUUGCUUUCAUGUCCAUGUGGGCACUUUUCAGCGCCACGCUUAAAAGUCCCCUCCUCGUCCAACAUGUAAUAAGGGAACAGUGGCACUCGCUGUACACCAAGAAAGCCUAUUUCUUUGCGAGAAUCUUCUCGGAGCUCGCCUACGAGCUCUUAUUUUCUAUAUCGGCGGGCAUCUUCAACUAUUACCUGACCGUUCAACCGAAAGAAGAAUCUCGCAGUAUGACGUUCUUGCUAUUAUCCUUCAUUGUGUGCGUUCUGAACCAAGCCUUAGGAAUGUUAAUCGGCACACUGAUCGACAGCGAAGAAGUUGGAUGCAUGGUGUCUGCCACCAUUUUCGCCUACUGCACCAUCCUCAGCGGGAGAUUCUUCACCAAGCGAGAUCUCGCCUUUUACAUCCAGUGGCUGCCGUACACGUCCUACAUGUACUACGCCUUUAACGCCAUCAUGAUCUGCAUUUUUGGCUGGAGCAGAGGGAAUCUGUUUACGUUCGGGGACGAUUGCGUGAAUAUCACUUGUACUACUGGUGAAGAUGCUUUGGAAACUUACAACGUAGACGAAGAAGAGUUCUACGUCGACAUAGCCGUUCUGCCACUUUCAAUUAUUGCAUUGUGGAUUGCCACGUAUCAUGUGCUCUCCUACAGGAUUAAGUGGCGAUACUAACACAAACUGACGCUCUAUAAUUGAGCAUAUGUACGAUAUUGAUAGACCCAAACGUUUCUUUGCUACGACGUGAAUAAAUUCGAGAUAUUCUC